AUGCAAGGUAAUUCGGAGCCAAGAAAGGUUCGUGGGCCUACUUUACUGAAAGACAUUUGGAAACUUCCUCCAGAAAAGGUAGUUGAUGUGCCGUUUAAUGAUCGUAACCAAGUUAUUGGGGAAAAAGGUCGAAAGCUCGCUAGCUUUCUAGGAAUUAUUGCGAGAACUCCAGAACUAACACCUCUACAUGUAGAUGAUUGGAGAAAUUUUGACAAGGAGGAAAAGAAGAAAUUGGUGGAUUUUGUGAGGAAGAAGUUCUCUAUCCCAAGAAGGGGAAAAGCUUAUGUCCUAAAUUCACUAGGAAAGAAAUGGAAAGAUUACAAGUGUGAUUUAAAAGGUGAGUAUCUGCCAAAAUAUAAGACUAAAGACGCUUUGCUGAAAAAUAUACCAAGUCGCAUAUCGAGGGAUCAAUGGAGUGGUCUUGUCUCCUAUUGGCUUUCAGAUAAAGCUAAGAGGCGUACCCAAGCAAAUAGAAACAAUAGGGCCAAUCAAAAGAUGCCUCACACAGGAGGAUCCAAAAGUAUUGCUACCUUGAUGGAUGAGCAGGCUGUAAAUGGGGUAGAACCUACACGAGCACAAAUUUUCUUAUUAACUCAUAAACAAUAUAAGGAUGGUAGACCACUGGAUGUUGAUUCUGCCAAUGCAAUCGAAAUGAUAAAUGAAAGGAUGAAUAAUAGUGAGAUAUCUACUGAUCAACCUCCUCGCAGUGUUGCUUGGGAAGGCGAUGUGUAUUCCGAGGUGUUCGGAAAUGACAAAAGUGGGUAUACUCGUGGUUUAGGACUUGGUCCAACUCCUUCUGUGCUAUGGGGUAGUAGAUCUUCCUUAGGAAAUAUUGUUGCAGAGGAUUCAUCUAAUGAGGCCGUACAAAGGUUAACACAGGAGAUAACCGAGUUAAAGGAUAAACACAAUGAAGAAAUGAAUCUGAUGAAACAAAAUCAAGAGAAGAUGCAAUAA